GGGCAGACCCAGCCGCUGGCUUGCGGCCAGCCACUGCUGAGGGCCCUGGGGACAGCGGAGCGGGUGGGUAGGCAGGCGGCCUGCAGGUGGUGCUGCUGCCUCAGCGCAUUCUGUGCCCUCCAACCCCAGGGACAGCACUGAUCAGAGGCCCAGAAGCCAGCUGCCCGGCGCCAUGUGGAGCUGCGGCCCGCUCAACGGCACAGGCCGCCGCGAGGACCAGCUCCUGUGCCAGCACACCCACCUGGUGCUGCCGGCCUUCACCCUGCUCUACCUGGCGGUCGGCGUGCCUGUGGGCCUGUGCUACAACGCGCUGCUGGUGCUGGCGAACCUGCAGGACCAGGGCAGCAUGACCAUGCCCGACGUCUACUUCGUGAACAUGGCCGUGGCCGGCCUGGUGCUCAGCGCCCUGGCGCCCGCGCACCUGCUGGGCCCCGGCGCCUCGGGGUGGGCCCUGUGGGGCUUCAGCAGCGAGGCCCACGUGACGCUGCUGGUCCUGUUCAACGUCUGCUCGCUGGUGACCAUGUACUCCACCGCCCUGCUCAGCCUCGACUACUACAUCGAGCGUGCGCUGCCGCGCACCUACAUGUCCAGCGUCUACAACAGCCGGCACGUGUGCGGGUUCGUCUGGGGCGGGGCCCUGCUCACCAGCUUCUCCUCCCUGCUCUUCUACAUCUGCAGCCACGUGGCGGCCAGGAUCGUCGAGUGCGCCAAGAUGCAGCACCCGGAGGCCGCCGACGCCAUCAUGGUGCUCAUCGGGUACCUGGUGCCCGGCCUGGCCGUGCUCUACGCGCUGGCGCUCAUCGCGCGGAUCCGCAAGGAGGACACGCCCCUCGACCAGGACUCGGGGAGGCUGGACCCCUCAGUGCACAGGCUCCUGGUGGCCACCGUGUGCACGCAGUUUGGGCUGUGGACGCCGCACUACCUGACCCUCCUGGGGCACACGUGCCUGGCCCUGUGGGGGGGCGCCGUGGCCGGGCAGCACCCGGGGCUGCUGCUCUUCGCCAAGGACCUGUCGCGGUGCCUGGCCUUCUCCAGCAGCGCCGUGACGCCGCUGCUGUACCGCUGCAUCAACAAGAGCUUCCCCGGCAAGCUGCGGCGGCUGCUCAGGAAGCUGCCCUGCGGCCGCCGCGGCUGCUCCGCGGACCAGGCGGGGGCCCAGCAGGUGCUGGCGUAGGCGGCCGGGGGCCGGGGCCAGCCCGGAGGCACCGCUCGGGCGCAGCCUGCGGGCUCGGUGCCCGCCCACCACACCGAGCCGUCGCUCAGCUGGUCACAGCACUUUGCCACUGGCUGUACACGGGAGCGCUCGGCCGGCACACACGGUGGUGCAGGCGUGUGCUCGGGACCAGUGCCUGUGCGGAGGGGAGCUGUGCCCGGGCCCAGCUCCUGGAGGCGGGCGGCGCCCUGGCGGCCUGCCACUCAGCCUCCCACGGGCUUUACGAAUGAAGUGAUGGAAGUGAAAGCCAGUAUUUAUACUCGUGUUGUUGGAAUGCUUGACCCCCACCUUAGGUUUGUUUAUAAAGAGAUGCUUGAAAGAAAAGCUGCCGAGUGUUAAAACGAAGGAAACAGGAUGGCACACAUGAGGGGGGGGGGGGGGGGCUGGGCAGGGUCCUGUCAAGGGGAGGCCAGGGCGUACGUGUCCCAGUGGGACCCAGUGCUUCCCAAGGAGGGAAGGCUGUGUAGGCAGGCGCCCUGCUCCCACCCGCAGGGGCUGUUCACGGGCAGAGCCGAGGGAGAAAGGCUACAGGGACUGGCCCACAGGGAGCCCAGGGCAGCAGGCCACCAGCUCCCGAGCAUGGACCUUGGCCCCCACGCUGCCACCCCCACCGUCCGCCAGGACCGCAUCACGUGACGCUGCGUGACCCGAGCGAGGCCGGCCUACUUUCGGGAAGUGGCUGCCUGGGGUCAGACGGAGGUCAGCAGGGUUCACCCGCCUCCUGCCUCCAUCCAGCCUGGUCCGUAAGCAGCCACUUUGCACUGAGCACUUGCUGCCCCCCAAGUCCUUUUGACAGAACACAGGCCCACAACCCUCUGACCCCAGUUUUGAAACCCAAAGCCCUACGAACAGAAAGGUUUUUUGAGUUCGCCGCACAUUCACCCUGACGUGAAGUGGUGCCGUGUCCACGGGAGGAAAUAGCGACUCGACGCCGGGUCGGCCCCCCCCCCACCCCAUGCUGACAGCUGGACACGGGGCCCGCAGACAGGUGUGUCCAGGUUAGUGCAGAGCGUGCAGAUCUGAGAUGCCAGGACACGGGCCCCAGUCCUUCCAGGCCAGGCACAGCCUGUGCCCCGCCCAGCCUGCAGGUGCCUCAGGCCAACCCCCUCUCCAGCACAGGCACCAGGGCGCAUAAGGGCCCCCCCGUCACGGCUCCCCCUGCAGACCGGGUGGAGGGAGUGCAGGCCUGGCCCACCCUCAGGUGCCGCCGCUCAGUCCGCAGGCCAAGGCCAAGGCCAUGGGCCCCCCAGGCACAGGGGCCCUGGUCGGGAGCCAGGUCAGAGGGUAUAAAUAAAAGCCCUCUCGGUCUGUCUACCCUGCUCCCGCACAGGAGCCCGGGGGAGGAAAACCUCAGUGCGAGCCUCUGCCCACAGCCCCGACCUGCAGCCCAGCUGCUCAUCCCCAAACAGAAGGGAGCUUCAAACCACUUUUAAAUCUCCGGUUUCUCAGUGGUUUUGGCUACUAACUGGCUAGUUCCUGGUGGCCUCCUGGGGGCCUGGGCGGGCUGCAGGCUCUUCCCAAAGCCGCCUGCGCAGGAUCGAGUGCCUGUGGCGUUGAAAGCUCUCCCUGUGGGGCACCAGCCCGCGGGAGACCCUUCCCUCAGAGACCCUCUCGGCCGCUCCCCCGGGCACCGGGACAAAGCUCCAGUGCUCUGCCCCGCCUGGCAGCCCGCAGGCUCACGCUGCCCUUCUUCCCGGAAUGUCUGCCUCCAGGAGCUUUCGCCACAUCGCCAAGAAAUGGGAGGAACUUGGGCCGCGCAGGGAGAACCAGGAGCCAUUUGGAGUGCCCUAGAGAGUGAGCUCAGUCCUCUUCUCUAACCCAUCAAACCUCCGUCUGAGUUUGCUCGAUGCCAGGACACAAGCUCUCGCUGUACAUCAGGGCCAUUCAUUCCACCAGCACUUCCCGACGAUUGUAAUUUUUAAGUUAAUUAUCUCACUUUUGUUCACAAAAACUCUUCUAUCUUGUCAGGCUGCACAGAAGUUACACUGCAUGUCAAGUUCAUGAGUUUAAAAGCGUUGGGAUCGGA